UGUCUACUCUGCUCUGAUCUUGAUUAAACUCGGAGACGAGACGACACACGAGACAAGAGGAAGAUAGAACUUUGGAAGCGGAAAUAGAGAUGGGUUUGCUCAAUAUUUGCAGAAUAAUACCGUUGGUCGUUGCAAUUUCUGCAAUUUCAGUUACAGCUAAAGAGCAAUUGAGUUCAAGAGAAUGUGAGGAUCUAGGGUUCACAGGCCUUGCUCUUUGCUCUGAUUGCAACACUUUUGCUGAGUAUGUCAAGAACCAAGAGUUGGUAUCUGACUGCUUGAAAUGUUGCACAGAGGAUUCUGAUGACUCCAUGAGUAAGAUUACCUAUUCUGGAGCGAUACUGGAGGUUUGCAUGAGGAAAUUGGUUUUCUAUCCUGAAGUUGUUGGUUUCAUUGAAGAAGAGAAGGAUAAGUUUCCUACAGUUAAAGUUCAAUAUGUUUUCAAUUCUCCGCCAAAGUUGAUCAUGCUGGAUGAUAAGGGUCAGCAGAAGGAAACCAUAAGAAUUGACAACUGGAAACGCGAGCAUAUGCUGCAGUUUAUACAAGAGAAGGUUAAGCCAACUUCAGCAAAAUAUUAGAGCCUUUUAUGUGUGUUGUUCACUGUCAUUGCCACUGCAUCUUAAUUAGCAUGUUCAUGUGGCUUACCAUUUUUCAGGAAAGUUCAGUUUAAAUUUACUGAAAAUAUACAACUAGAAUGGGCAUAACCAGUUACCAUUAUGUCUUUAGUUUGAAUAUUGAGUCCUAGUGACAUGAACUACUAGUAGGCGAAUACCUAAGCACUUUUUGAACACCUCUACGGAUAUUUAUUUGGUUUUAAGAUUGAA